AUGACUAUGCAGUCGCGUUACAGAGAAAAAAUCCGUUGCAUCAAUGAACGAACACUUUUAACACAUCUUCAGUGUGCGUUACUUGCUUUCAUCUCGACAAAGGCUGGCGUUGUUCUGUGUCGCCCCCCAAAAAAAUCGGGCGCUUUUCACACGAAUUUCUCAACAUUUAUUCCAUCACAUUUACAGAUGAAAACACAGAAGAAAGAGAAGUUGCAACAGCUAAUCAAAGACGGCGGAUUUGCCAAAAAGUGUAAUCGCCAAAUUGAGAACGAAAAGAAGAGAGACACCAUUCACAUUUUAGAAGACAUUUUGUUUGAAGACGGUUUUGUUGUGUUUUAUGAUAACGAGAACAGAGAAGGGAUACGUGGAAAUGUAUUUAUUCAAAUGCCAAAUGGAGAGUUGUUGAACAAAGAUAUGAUUGUAAAACUUGGUGAGGCGGUUUGGAAUUAUUGCACAGAUAAAAUGAAUGACGACAAGAAACCAAUUCUGAUACAAGAAAAAGUGGUGCUAUCGCAAGCAAAAGUGAUGGAGAUCAUCAACAAUAUCGUUGCUUGA